AUGGCCGAGAACUCGGACUCGCGGGACUCGGAUAACAGCUGGGUGAUUGCAGGCUCCGAGGGUUUGCCCAUGGAAACCGUGGGCCCAGAGCUGGGCACAGUCACCCAGACUCCAGUGGACGAGGAACCAGCAGGACACGCCCUCCCCAAGGGGCACAGCACCGAGGAUGUGCACACGGCCAGCGCCUCCCCAGGCAGGAAGAGCGAAGGCUCCCAGCUGAACAUGUCCCCUGGCCCCGAGGAGGCUGAGUUCAAGGACUCUGAGGAGUGUCCCCAGGAGACCCUGAGCCCAGCAGCCUCCCCCAGGCCUGGUGCACCGGGCCGCGAGGUGCCAGAGAUCCAGGCACAGGAAGGGCCAGGCUCCGAGGACGCCGAGCUGGGCUCUGACACCAACACCCCGGGCUCCGCGCCCACUGGCAGAGCAGGGGAGCCGCUGGAGGAGGUGAGCAGCAGCGAGGAUGAUGCCGAGGGUCUGCGCCGGCGGCAGCUGCGGGACUCAAACCGGGCCCCGUGUGGCCCUGCCGAGCGCCGUGGGGCCGAGGCAGCCGGUGACGGGGAGAGUGGGCUCAGUGUGAAUUCGUGCCUGCUGGGUGUGCUGGCGCUGCUGGGCGUCGGGCUCCUGGCCUUCUCCGGUGCCAUCUACGACCCUGGGGAUGGCCCCACGGAGAGCAUGGAUCCCGGGGACAUCCCAGAUGGGCAGCAGCAGCCACUGGCUGCUGGCGUGAAGGACUGGCUGCAGCAGCCCCCGCUGGACCCAGCCGGGGACUCCCAGAGCCUGCACUCCAUGAGCCUGCUUCUGGACAAACUGGCCAAGGAGAACCAGGACAUCCGGCUCAUGCAGGCGGAGCUGCAGGCGCAGAAGGACGAGCUCCAGGCCCUGCUGCAGAAGAGCGAGGGGGAGAAGGCGUCGGCCGGCUCCCAGCAGCAGAGCCUGGCAGGGGAGAACGCGCGGCUCCACCAGGCGCUGCAGCAUGCGGCUGAGGCUCACCGCUCCGCCCAGGCCGAGCUGCAGGUGCUGCGGGAGCAGCUGCGGGGCCUGGAGCGGGAGGGCGCGGCCGAGACCCCGCGGCCGAGGGAGGGGCUGGCUGCAGAGCGGCCCCACGAGGAGCAGCUGCUGCACCAGGAGCUGGCCAAGCAGCGUGGGCUGCUGGGCUCCAUGCGGCGGGAGCUGGAGGGGGCCCUGCAGCGAGCCCGGGGCUCCGGUGGGAUGGAGCAGCUGCGGGUGGAGCUGGCCGACGUGGAGCAGCGGCUGGCACAGGAGCUGCAGCGGGUGGAGAGUUGGGAACACAACUACAGUGAGGGGCGCGGUGGGCAAGGCCAAGGGGCCACGGAGCCGUCCCGCCCCCCCCGGCAGGAACCACCCAAAGCUGACAAGAAGGAGGGGGGGUGGCACAAGAGGCCGGAGGCCAGAGAGGAGCGUAGGCGCCGGCACGGGGACCUGGGGGACAGGGAACAGGAUGGGGCCAAGCGCCCGAAGCGCCGGGAGCAGCCCGAGCCCCACAGCCGCCAGGGGCCGCGGGACACCAAGCCGGCCAAGGACCAGAAUGGGCAGCGUCGGGCGGGCAUCGGGAAGGGGGUGCUCCGCGGGCCCCAUGAGCACAACGUCUUCUGGGAGCCGCCCCGGCUGCAGCGGUACCGGGCGCCCCAGGGCUGCGUGGGCGUGGCCGACUGCGCCCGCCAGGAGGGGCUGGAGCUGUUUGGGGCCGAGCUGGCGCCCGUGCAGAAGGGACAGUUUCUGCAGCUGCUGCAGGGCUACAUGGCCGGGCUGGGCUGGGGGCAGCACUACGCGGGGCUGGCGGCCCGGCUGGACGGCGCCUUCGCCAGCGACGGCGCCUUCGCCCAUGACCGCCUGCGCUUCCGCCACUUCGUGGAGGACGUGGAGGAGCUGCUGGAGGAGCUGGCGGAGCAGGAGCAGGGCGACGAGGAGGCGGCUGAUGACUUCGAGGAAUAUGUGCUGCAGCACUAUGGCGGGGACGGCUUCACCAAGAAGGAGAGAGAGCGGCGCCGUGCAAAGCAGCAGAGCAAGGAGCUCCGUGGGCACGGGCCCCUGCGGGACAGGGACGGCCACCGUGGGAAGGAGAACAGCCCGCCAGACAAAGGCUAG